AUGUUCCGAGAGCUUUAUUCCCCUCUUGGCCAUGAAGAACCCUCCAAACCAUCUCUACAGACCUCCACCCAGGAGGAGUGUGGAGUUUGGCUGGACACUGUGCAGCUGAAAGGAAAAGCUAAGCAGAAACGAGCUCCUCGUCCCAUUUCUAAGCUGCUGAAUCCCUUCACUGAGGGCAGGGGAUACAGUUUGUCGGUGGCACUCAACUUCACUCAGACCAAAAUGGAGAUGCCGAAGACAAAACAGAGCUUAUCCACCUUCUUCACAGCUCAGCGCAGAGUUCUCAAUAAGAUGACAACUUCUGAAGUGCCAAACACAGAUCAUCUGCAGCCUUCUUCAUCAGCCCGCCUCAUCCACGCAUGCCCUCACUGCACCCACGCCUGUGUUUAUCGGGAACAAAACGAAGAGCGUGAGAUGGAUCUUGAAAGGGAAAGUGAAAAUGUGGCUGAGCCUGAAGCGUUAGAGUGGCAGGAAGCAAGUCACACACAUUCUCAAAACAUGGACCGUGAAUAUGGAGGAGCGUUUGAGAGCAUAAAUCCACCACAGAGUAGUAGAGGAGGGUCACUGCAGCCUCCUCUUUUUCCAGCUGACAGUCAACCUCCUCCUCAGGCGUGGAGUCAGGAUCCGCUGCUCACAUUUAGCCAAUAUUAUGACGAUGAAAUGGACCAGAGAUAUGAGAAAAAAACUACAGGGAAGAAUUCUGAGCCAAGUUUCCCAUACAGUUUACAAAGUGAGGAUGCCUUUGGUAUUCAGAUCGAUGUGGAAGGAGCCUCGACUCAAAAAUCCUUGAAAAACACUCAUUCUUCUCAGAUGGACGAUUAGAAAGAAAACGGCAGGGUUGGGUCUUCUAUGUCCCCAAAAAAGCACUCGGCUCUCUCUCAUAUUGAACCUCUUUCUUAUCAUAAAUGGACAGAACCAAAAAGUGCAUCACCUCAAAAACAUUAUCCUGUGCAGCCGUGGAAAAGGGCUGAUAAAGAGGAGAGCCCUGAGUCACAGUUCAAGUGGACAAAGCCAAGCACUCCUUUAAAAAAACGAGCGCCACAGCAGUCCUGCAGGGAGGUUGACGGAGGAACAAGUCUGGCCAUGUUGUUCAACUCAGGACUCUUGAAGGCUUUCAGGGUGAUCGCACACAGAGGUCUGCAAACCAGGAGUCCACUCAAAGAUCAGAGUAACACUAACUCUGGACGGGAGAACGACGCUUACACAUCUCUGGUGGAGGAGGAGGAGGAGGAGGAGGACGAGAUGCUCUUGACUCAAGACUCUGAGGGAAAUAUGGUGAUCAAACACUGAAAGAAGCCUUUGACACACAUGUUAUUUGAGCUUAUAAUCUUGAUAAUUGAUCUCCACUUUUUGUCUCCUCCCAAGUACUGAAACAGUUUUAAAAAGCUAAAUUAUACUGUUUGUUUCCAUAAUGACCCGCACUGACUUAAAAGCUACUUAAAUGAAAAUAUUGAAACUUAAAUCUGUUACCUCUCUUUAUCUGUAAAUAUUGUGGAUUCAUCUUGAUGUUUUAGUCCUUUAUCUGUUUUUCAUUUUGGAGCUUCCUUGUCGUGUUUGUGAUAUUUCUGCUCUCUGAUAGUGAAAUAUCUUGUUCUCUUUUGCAAUAACACCAACAAGCAAGAACUGAGGGUUUUGGUUUUAUUUGAAAAAGGAUACACAAUAACAUCAAGUUGUUUCAUGUCAAUUAAACGUUUUGAAAAGCA